AUGCCCGCUACACUCCAUGUUGUCACGCCUGGCAAGCUUCCUUUGGGGUCUGUAGCACGCGCAGCCUAUGGAAUUCGUCGCAGCCCCAUUUAUGAAGUCGUAGUUGCGGAUAGCCUUGAUUACCUCCUUGAGUCUAAUUCGACUGCCGAGCAGGUAGACGCCCGAGGGCUACUUUGUCGAGCGGCCAUAGAUUCUCUUACUAAGGUCACUGAUGGUCAGCAUGUGCGAUGCCUAUCUGAGCUCCUUCUGCCCUGUACCAGUUGCGAUCUUUUAUGGCCGGUAACCUUUGAAGUGUCGCGGCUGAUGACGCUUGAGCAUGCUUCCGCCGUUUUUGACAAGAAGGUAAAGAACCUCCUGGCCUCGGAAACGCUUCUGCCAUGCAUUAUCUCCGCUCUGGCAAAGACCCACCAACGCUAUCCUAUCCGGGUCUGUGUCAGCGAAUACCCUACCUUGGAUGGCUUUCUGAAUGCUCCUACAAAGCCAUGUCUCCUUCCAACGGGGCAAUUGUUUAGGACAACUCGGGGGAGGAUAGUUAGCAAAACACUAACACCCCUUCCAUAUCUUAGACAGAAUCCCGUGACAGAAGUGGACAAGGAGCACUCAACCAUAUACUGCACAGAUACACCGGCAGAGAUAGCAAAGAAGAUCGCAAAAGCUUAUUGCCAGCCCACAGACAUAGAGAACAACCCUCUUUUGGCAUACCUAGAGGAGAUUGUAUUCCCGUAUAGCAAACUAGUCACAGGGAAACCUAUACACAUAAAUGCCGUAGUUUAUAAUGAUAUGGAAGAAGUCCGAAGAGCGUUCCGUGAGGAUAAGAUCACGCCCCAGUGUCUGAAGAAGGUUAUGGCAGAGAAAUUAGGGGAGAUCGUCUCGCGUAUCCAGGGCUUCCCACAGUAUGCUGAGGCUGAGGCACUACUGAAGACCGUGCUCGAUAAGGAGAAGCAGGAAAAGAAGAGUAAGAAAGACAAGAAGCAAAAGUGA